AUGAUGAAGUAUGCGAUUUUGGACUCAGUUACAGCAUGGGAUUGGGAAGCGACGGCACGUGGUUUCGGAAUUUCCUACGUAACAUUAGGAACUCUGGCAAUCGUGCUGAAUUCGAUUUUUCUCUAUUCACUUUUGGCAAGACGACGAAAAGCCUUUUCACAUGCGUUCUACAUAAUGAUACUCGAUUUCACCAUUAUCGAUACUAUCAAAGGUGUUUCGUCGAUUCUGUAUGCUAUUAAACUAUUGAAAACCGAUCUGAACUCGGAUCAAUCAUUAUUAUCGAUUCGAGUCGAUCAGUACAGUGGUGUGCUGUUACGUUUCGCAAAUUUGGCUACAAUAUUAAAUCUGUUGAGUAUUACCUUGAAUGAAUACGUGUAUAUUUGUUAUCCAUUGCGUUAUUCAACUUUAGUCACAAGGAAACGGGUUGUCCUGGUUAUUUUGUGUAUCUGGAUAGUAUCUUCAUCAAUGACUUUUGCCAAUAUGGUUGCUGGUAUUCAGAAUCGUAGUUUAUGGAUUGACGAUGAAUGUACCCAGGAUGCAAAUUCGACUGCAUCGUGUGUACAUCGCCUGCAAUCGUCAAGCUCAGCACAUUUCGUCUAUCACUUGGGUCUGGUCGUUUUCUGUGUUCUUUGUCUGGCCGUUACCGCCUAUUCCUACAGUAUCCUUCUGAGAGUUGUAUCAGGAGUUGUGAAAGCUGAAAUGAAACAGACGGCUGAAUUGGAGACUCUCAAAGAGCGAAUCGACGACGGUAACUAUUUCCAGAGUUUUCGAAAAAAAAAUGCAAAUACGACUUCAUGCAUACUUCAGUGUGAUGAAGUACAUUUGAGGGACAUCACUGAGCUAAUUUCUUCCUAUCCAGCCCAUAAAAGACUCCAUAUGAGUGAACGACGUCUAGAUGAUAAACAUGUGAUGAGGCGACAUAAAUACGUAGUUGUCAUCGGUACUGUUAUCGGCGUCUAUUCGGCUUAUCUGACAGCUUACGCCACUAUACAAGUAUUACAGCUUGUCAAUAUCAGCGAAAAUUCAAGCCGAUUCCGUCGACGAGAAACUGUCUACUUGAAAUACAUAUGUUAUUUGUGCAUUUCACUUCAUUCUCUUCUUCAGCCCCUCUGUUAUCUUCGUAUGAGGGAAUUUAGACAAUUAUUAAGAAGGGCGUUAUGUGGUCGAACAAAUCAGGAACAACACACAAAUGAUCACUACUACACGACGAAUACCACAAAAGAUAUGCUCGUUGGAAAGCAAUUCUCUAGCGAUCACUUGCUCAACAGUCAGCUGCGAGUCGUCGACAGGUUCGAGCUCUUUUGGCUUCAACUUCGAUUUGGAAACGGCAAUCUUCUAAACGAGUUAAAUCUCGUAAACGGUUAUCGGAAUUUGCUGAAAAACAGAUGA